AUGGAGAGAAACGGGGUGGAGGAGAUGAACCAGCUGGGAGGGAGCGGGGGAACGAUACAGCUCGCUCUUGAUGCUCUCAAGGAGAAGAAGGGCAGCGUGGACCAGGUGGUGGACUAUUGCGAAAGCUCUUACCUGGAGCCGGGUGCCAACAAGAGAGAGGUAUGGUUGAGAACGGAGGAGUACCUCAAGGACGCCCUCGGAUCGGUUGUGGCCGAUAUCGAGGACAUGGCCAUCAAUCUCUUGACCUUCGUCAACGCACAGGCCGAGGCCGUGGAGAAGGUGACGUCGGACGUUGUCAUUGCCAAGACCCGGCUCAACCGUGCCCGGGAGCAGAGCGCGGCGACACGCCUCCUCGAGCUCCGAAGGGCCGCGGGCGAGACCCCGGCGCGGCAGAAGAUCGUCGUGCUCACGGGGUCGGAGCGGCCGACGAAGUGCCGGCCGCUGCCCCCACGGCGCCGGAUAUCUCUCAAGGAGAAGCUCGGGGGCAUCUACGCCGACGAGCCGCCGUCGUCGCUGUCUCUGGCUUCGGACUCGGGUACGCUGCCUGGGAGCGCCGCCGCGGGGUUGGGGGACGCGGGCAGCGUCGCGGAAACGGCCGACAUGUGGGGGGAGCACAACAGCAGCCCGUCCUCUUCGAGGGUGGGCGGGAUAUCAGACCUGCCUUCUCCGUCCGUUGGCGGCGAUGGCGGCGGGUCUCCCAGGUCGUUUAAGCCCGACGGCUCCUCGGCCUCUCCGGCGGCUUCGCCGAGGGAAGCAGCGGCCGGCGGCGGCGAUAGCGCGAGCAAGAAGGACCGCUUGGACCUGGCGGCCGCGGCUCGGAAGGCGGUCGCUCCGGUCCCGGUGCCGACCAUGGCGCCGCCGCCGCCCGCCCGCGACCCCGUCGUGAUGAACAAGCGCCUGUCGGCGAAGCAAGCACGGCCGGCGGGCGGCGCGGUCGGGGCCCCGCCUCCGCUCGUGUCGCGGGCCAAGCCGGGAGCGCCACCGCCGUUGCUUUCGCAGGCGGGCCGUGGCUCCUCGAUGUCGAGCGUGUCCUCCCGGCCUGAGGGAGGGAGUAAGCCGCUCCCGCCGCCUCCGCCGCCGCAGCAGCAGCCGCCGGCGUCGUCGCUCUUUUCGGUACCCGAGGCGCAGACGCCCGCUCCUCCUCUUCCGCCCCCUCCCCCGCCGCCGAAAGCCUCUUCGCAAGCGGCGGCGUCUCCACCGCCCCCCCCGCCGCCCCCGCCGCCAGUUAAGCAAGGCGAGUGCGAUGACCACCUUAUUUUUUUCGGCUGCUGUUGGUGUGUGCAGUCAGUGUCUCGGUACGACGAGUUAGCCUGCGAGUCAGUUGGGUUUGCAGGAUCGUUAUUUUUGAUAUCCCGAUGUUAGGAGAGUGAUUUCUGUUUCGGGUGGGGCGGAACACAAUGAACAGAUGGUAUGACUUUAUGGCUCGCGAUUUGCGACUCCAUUACGUCUGUGCCAUGCCAUGCCCACCCCCCGUGCCCCGACAGAGUGUACCUCCGCUAUCCUUGUGUUGUGUUGUGGCCACGAGGCUCCGUGCGAGAGCUGCUGGAGUGACCUGAUGUUUCAUGGUCAAGAGCUGGCGCCAAGGAGAGAGAACGGCAUUUGCCCUGCCGUGUGCAACAACACAUUGGGUGCUGAAAUGAAGUGCCUGUACAAUGAACUCCAUCCGGUCGAUGCUAGAGCCUGAUGCAUGUACAGUACCUCCCAACACAUGACGGCUUCGAUCUGAUGAUGCGCCCCAGUUGAUACGGCAACAAGGCUGCUGUGGACACUCGGCCCUCGGGCCUGACACUGCUGUCCUUUCUUGCUCGGGACGGCAUCACAGCCGAGGGUGGAGUGUUGACUGCAGUAUUGUUGCCGUAUCCGGAUGGGUAUCAACGGGGUCGUAUCGCCGUCAUCCGGAGCCGUCUUGUUCCGAGAGAUGCUGUAGACGAAUCAGCCGAUGGCGAUCAAGGGGGAAUGAUUGUACAGCCACUUCAUUCACCCGCCCAGCGUGUACCAACGACCGCUCUAGUGUUGGAAGUUUCGAAUUUUGACCAAGGCAGCAGCGGGCGCUAUUCUUGAAGGAGAUAUCGUAGAUUUGUAAAACUGUUUCAUUACCAGGUUUGGUGAACGUCAACCCCCCCCCCCCUUGUCCCCUGCCCUGCUUGCCCCCCCAGAUGGAGCCCCCCGCCCCCCUCCCCCUCCACCGGUCGUUUCGCAAGCGCCGCCGCCGCUGCCACGGGCAUCGUCGGCUCCACCUCCGCCCCCGCCCCCGCCAGCGCCACAAGCUGGCCGCCCACAGGGUGUUGCCCCUCCGCCACCGCCGCCGCCGAAGUCGGCUCCUUCCCAGCCCCCUCCGCCUCCUCUGCCGGGUGCUUCCCAACCGCCCCCGCCGCCGCCGCCGCCGCCGCCGCCGAUACCGGCUUCUUCUCAACAGCCACCGCCGCCGCCGCCGCCGCCGCCGGUGCCGUCACUACCCCAAGGUGGAGCACCGCCUCCCCCGCCGCCCCCCCCGCCGCCAGUACCCCAGGCCCGCCCCCCUGUCCCACCUCCUCCCCCCCCGCCGCCGCCGCCGCCAUCGUAAGGUUGGCCAAGAUCGCCUAGCCGAAAGUAGUGGUCGGCAAAACAAGUAUUGGGGGGGUGCGAUGAAGACAGAUUUUGUUUUCGGUAGCCAAUCAUUGGUCGGCUUUUCAGGCCUUUUAUGUACGAACUUCAAAGGCUUAUGCGCUGGGAGCCGGGGGUGGGUAGGUGGGCGGAUAGGCAACGGGAGCACUCUUGACAAAUAUGGAGCUGUUGUAGAGCGUUGUUUGGCACUACUUGUACCGUGUAGGGUGUCCACACAUGAUUAUUUCGCUCACCCUUGGCAGGCAUCCAUUGCCGCAGGACGUGAAUGAGCAGUCGGGUAGCUUGGCCGUCGCAGAUGGCGUACACGUGUGGAUCGGUUGGUUUUUUAGUUAGCUCUUUUUUGUGUCUGUUGACCCUUGUCGCCGAAGAAGAAGUAGGUGUAAGUGGCAAUCAAAGAGUCGUUCCGCGGACGUCCUUGAUUUGAUAACUUGAUGUUCUUGGAGUGCUUUGCUGCCGAGCGCACUUUGAGCGGUGCAACCCCGGCAGGUUGACUGUUUUGUUUUUUUCGCCGGGCGUAACCAACUUGCUUGGGACGAGCGAGAAAGCAGAUGGCGUACACGUGUGGAUCGGUUGGUAUUUUGGUUAGCUCUCUUUUGUGUCUGUCGACCCUUGUCGCCGAAGAAGAAGUAGGUGUAAGUUGCAAUCAAAGAGACGUUCCGCGGACGUCCUUGAUUUGAUAACUCGAUGUUCUUGGAGUGCUCUGCUGCCGAGCGCACUUUGAGCGGUGCAACCCCGGCAGGUUGACUGUUUUGUUUUUUUCGCCGGGCGUAUCAUAUGUUGGUUCUUCCUUGGGACGAGCGAGAAAGCAAGGUCGUGGCCUUCGGUUUCAUUCUGUAAGUUUUUGGUUGCCGGAGGAGGCGACCGUCACGUCUUGUCAGGCUCGUGGUUGCUUCGCUUUGACCAUGGAUACAAUGUUUGCGGGACGGUUAAUGCCUACAGGGGGUGGUGUGCGGGGGAGGUUUUGAGAGAGGGGUUCAUGUUUCAGGGGAACGAGUAGGGGGACUGAUUUAGGAGCACCGUUGGUGUUGGGAAAAGCGUUUGACGGAGGGUUUUCCGGUGAGGGAUGGAUGGAUGGAUUCAAGGCAGGCUAUAUUUGGUUGGAUUGACCCUUGCACGAUGUUGCUGCACGAUACGAAAACGACCGGGCACGCAGCGGCAGCAUACAUGGAGCUGAGUAUGCAAGCAGUAGGAGCAGGUGUCCAUGUCAUUGUGAGGAAACAAGUAGACACAGAAGACGGACCGUCGAGACGGGGGGUCGGGUCGAUGCCCUUGUGUAUUUCUCUAAGAUGCAUUUGUCCGUUUCAAUUGAGUGCUGUAGCACCGCCUGAUCGUUGUUCGGGCUGCUAUAUCCACGCUCAUUUACUUCGGGCAUGAGGCCGCACGCGCGUUGAUCAGAAGUUGCUGUAAUGUGCCCUUGUUGGUAAAAUGGCCCGGUGAAAAUUCACCAUCCUCUAGAUAAAUGGAGGGCUAAGUAGUUUCAUGCGAUGACGCUGCAAACAAGUUGUUGAAUGAGAAGUCUAUGUUUCUUCAAAUCCUG